AUGUCGGUAAAUCGUUCAGAAUCUUCUUCGUCAUUAACAAAUACAAAUGUAACUACCUUAAACAAUGAUAUCUCAAAACAUACGAAUAAACUCUUAUAUAAUCAUACGAAAAGUACGCGAUCAUUUGUCUCAAUUAGUCAACGAAAUGAAAAACGCUUACAUCAAUUAAACCACUAUUAUCUAUCCUUGAAUUCAACUUUAUUUCUAUUGUCAUCAGAUCAUACUACGAGAAGAAAAAACAAAACGUUAAUUUAUCAAUGUAAAUAUUUUUGUGGUGGUUUUGGAGAUCGUUUACGUGGUAUUAUGUCCGUAUAUAUUUUAGCUUUAAUAACGGGACGUCAAUUUAUGAUAAAUAUGCAUUAUCCAUGUAAUGUUAAACAUGUUUUAGAACCGAAUUUAUAUAAUUGGACAUUCGAAAUACCAUCAGGAAAACGUUCACAGUUAGUUAUUAAUACAAUGUCAUCUUAUAUGGCUUCAUAUAAACAAGAAAUGACCACUGAUAUAUCACGAUACGAUUUUAUUAAAAAAUGGGAGAAGCAUGAUGAUAUUUAUAUAACUACUAAUAGUGAUUAUAUGACACCAGCUUUAAAAAAUCCCUUCGUAAAAAAUUCUUCUAUUGGUCGGAUCUUAUUUGGCCAACUGCCAACAUACAAAACUACGCAGGCUUAUUUAUUUCCAGUCAUCUUUGAAAUUUUAUUUAAACCGAGUGUUCAUGUUACAGCAAGUGUCAAUCAUCUAUUAAGAAUGGUAUAUUCUCGAAAUUCUUCGAUGUUAUGCUUACAUAUUCGUGUGGGAAAGAAUCCUAAUAAUCCACAUGAUUAUGCAUUUCCCUAUCGAUCACAUACUGCCGACGAUAUGAUCGCAUUUGUUGAUAAUAGCAGUUUAUUAGUGAAUCGAAGCCAAACAAUAUUUGUUACUAGUGAUUCGGGUGAAGCAAUUUCUAAAAUAUUGAAUCAUUAUCCAGAUCGAUCAUUGACCAUACCGGGUCCCAUUAUUCACGUUGAUCGGUUUGAUAAAGGAAAAACUGUUUGUGACGGAUUUACCAAAGUGAUUGCUGAUUUUUACGCACUAGGUGAAUGUCAAACGAGUAUAUUGUCACCAAGUGGAUUUUCAGCAUGGGCAAAUAAAAGAAGAUUUGAACAAUCAAAAAAUUUGUAUAUUUAUAAUGAUAAACAACGACAAAUGAGAAAAGGUUAA